AUGCGAGAUCUAAAAACAUAUCUCUCUGUGGCACCAGUGGCAAGUACUCUAUGGUUCGUGGCUCUAGCGGGUCUCUUGAUAGAAAUCAAUCGUUUAUUCCCGGAUGCAUUGACAUUCCCCUUUUUUUCAUUCUAA